GCGAGGGAGUCUACCUUACAGGUGUGUCCCGAGGAAGCACUUCCUGUUGGACUUUGGUUACUGAAUUCCUCGCUAUGGCUGCUGAAGAGCUGGAUAAAAUUAAUGUUAUUACACAUUUGUCAAACGAAGCCCUGCAGGAGUAUGAGGGCCUGCAGAGGAAGCACGAGACAGCCACCUUGGAGUGCAAGAAGCUGGCAGAGGAGAGAGACGAGGCCAUGAAGAAGCUCAAUGAGUUCCAGCAAGUUUCUCAGAUGGUCAUUGAGGAGGUGGGUGCCAUUCAGGAGCACCUAGAGAUCGAGAUGAUGUGUAGAGAAAGUGCUGAAGCCCUGGCCUCUAAGUUGAAGCGUCAGAACCGCUCUCUGAAGAGGAAAAGCAUGAUGAUGCUGCCCCACCUCAGCCCAGAGACCAUCACUGAGAUCAACCUGAUCGACCAAGAGGACGAAGAGGAGCAGGAGGAGGAGGAACAUGCAGAGCUCCAUGCAGACAGCAUUCUCUGCCCCUCCCCCCAGUGCCAGAGCAGCUUCUCAGAGCUACAACAGGAGCUGGAAUCAACACGUGAGGAGAAACAACAAGCCGUCACUGAUCUGGACUCAGCAACAGAACAACUGAGGGAAACAAGGGAAGAAUUGCUGAAAGAGAAACAUGAUAACACAAUUUUAAUUGCGGAGACAAUGCGACAAAAGAAGCUCCUGGGGAAAUACAACAGAGUGUCUCAGUUUGCUGUGGAGGAAUACGAGGCUCUACAGGACACUCUGGACCUGGAGAGGGACCUGAGGACAGAGGCAGAGAGCUUUGCCAGAGAGAUGUUGGUGGAGCAUAGGAAGCUGAAGAGACAGAGUCAGAUCCUGAUGCAGAGCUCCUCCCCGAGUGAGACUCUGCAGGAAGCCCUCAGCCAGGUCAGCAAACUGAGCCAGGAGCUGGAGACACAGAGGCUGGAGCUGCAGCAGCAGGUGCAGCAGGCGGAGGACAGGCUGAGGAGCUGUGAGGCUCAGAGGGAGCUGACGGCAUUGAGGCGUAAACUGGAUCUUGUGGAGGAGGAGAAGAGGGAGUACACUGAAAAAUGCUCCAAGGCUGAAGUGGAGGUCAAGGAUCUGCGCUCUACAGUCGAGGAGCUCCAGAAGAAGCUGCAGGCUGCUACCAACCCCCACCCAGCUCCUGCACCACCAGCACCACCACCCCCACCACCUCCACCUCCUCCUGCCCCAGCUCCAACCUCUAACCCACUAAGCUCACUGCUGUCGUUGAUCCGAAAGAGGAGAGACAUCAGUACUGACAUCCCACUGUUGGACCAGAACUCCGCUAAAACAGAAGUGGAUGUCAGGCAGCAGGCUGUGGAGGAAAUGAUGCACAGGAUCAAGAGAGGCGUUCAACUUCGACCUGUCAGCCAGUCGCCCAACAGAAGCAGGAAACAGAAGGAGAGGCCGCCGUCUAAUUCUGCCAUCCAGGAACUUAAAGGAAUCAUGGAGAAUUUCAGUAGAUCCUCCCCCCAACCAAAGGCAGUGUCUCCAUCAGCCAGCGCCGAUGAGCAGCUGCAGAGGAUCCUGCUGAGGCGGAGGGGCGCGCUGGAGUCCUGACAACGCCACAGUCUCUCCCCUGCUGUGUGAAGGAGCCAGGCUGAGCUUGCCAUUGACAUGAGCAUCUACAUAUCAUCAUACCACCCACAAUCAAUAUCUCUUAUCUAAUUUUAUUGUGAAUGCAUAAAGCACAUUAAAUAUUCAUUUCAGACGUUAUAACCAGUCGCUGUAACGGGGGGGAAUCACACAGAGGUUACAUAGCAUCUGAAGUGUGUGGAGUAGAAGACAUGUCUGAGACCCUCGGGGUUCAUUCAGAGGUUCCUCUCAAACUGAACAUUAGGCCCAACGGUUGUUCUGUGAGGGACAGUGCUGCAGGGGUGCUGCCCUGAGCAAAGAAUGUGUGAGUUGUUCUGUCUCGACCCGGGUUAACCUUGUUGCUCCUAGAGAGGAAUUACCCUCCCUCAUACAUACACCCCCGAACCUUCUUAGCCUAACAUUGAAUGUACAGCGGUGACUCCCAUCACUCUGCAGUUCGGCCCUUUGGUUUGAACGUGGCCUCAUAUGUCAAUAUCUAAUUUAAGUCACAAAAGGGAUUGAUGUUAGAAUAUAACAGUUUUCACUGAUAUGAAGAAAAUCAAAAUAUUAUAACAACACAUUGUGAAAGGGUUAGUCUUAAGACAAAGAGUGUGCUAGUGACCUGUCAAUCAUUAAAUGAGACCAAAAGGAACUACAUGAACAUCACGCUGUAUUGAAGAUGACAUAAACUACAGAUUGAUAUCAGAAACUCAGCCGGAAAAUGUUUACUGAGGUUAUAAAUGAAGUGAAAAGAACGGCCAUUGUUUUAUAGACUUCUAUACAGUCUGUCUUCUUUCAACCAGUGGAGGUCUGGAUCUUAGAGAGAGUUCAGGUUUAAGGUUCAGACCCGGAGGUUGCCCCCUCUUUACAGAUGACAGGACAUAUUGAGUUGUUUGUUAAAUAUUGAAAUUGUCAAGAGUGACAUUUAUAUAAAUCUACAAUCCCUCCCUCACCUAACCCACAAAGCCUUUUUGCCUCAGCAGUCAGUGUGAAGUCAUGAACGUUGUACACCCCCCCCAACCCUCCUUGUUCAUUUCCUUCACUCAAAUACUUGUCCAGGCAGCACCUCCCCUCAAAAUGCAUUUGGCCAAAAAAAGUGGUAGAAUAUAAGAAGAUGUAUUCGGGGGGACAGGAGAGGAAUCAGAUGUUUGUAACUGCUCUGUAAUAUGUGCUGUAUGUGCUGCUGUUUACUGUACUGAUACCUUCCCUGUGUGAGUUAUUAACCCUACAAUCUGAUAUUUACUAGUUUGAGACAAUAGAUGAGGUUGUAGUCAUGUGGGGACAAUCACAAUAAAGUGAUCAUUAAAUAACAGGUAUUUUAAUGAGUCCUGAAAUCUAAAAA